ACAAUUCUCUCUUUCAAACUAGUCUUUUCUUCUCUUUCUCUCUUAACCGCUGAUAUUCUCUACAUGUACCCUCUCAUCCACUGACCAUACAGUAUGUGGGUGUGUGUUGUCUAGGUGUUGAAGAAGCAGGGUUAUGAUGCUGCCUGUGACAUCUGGAGUCUAGGAGUCCUACUCUACACUAUGCUCACAGGGUUCACUCCGUUUGCCAACGGUCCAGAGGACACACCAGAGGAGAUCCUGGUUCGGAUCGGCAGCGGGAAGUUCUCUCUGACCGGAGGAUACUGGAACUCUGUCUCAGCAGAGGCCAAGGAGCUGGUGUCUAAGAUGUUACACGUGGACCCCCACCAGCGUUUGACAGCCGGCCAGGUGUUGUGUCAUCCCUGGGUCACACACCGAGACCACCUGCCCAAGUUCACACUGACCAGACAGGACGCGCCACACCUGGUCAAGAGCGCCAUGGCAGCCACCUACUCUGCCCUCAACAGGAACGUUCCACCUGUGCUGGACCCCGUGGGAUGUUCCACUCUAGCCCAACGGAGGGGGGUGAAGAAACUCACCUCCACUGCCCUCUGACCGUUAACAUUUCACCUCAGACUUAUAACCCUGCUGGAGCUCUGCUCAGACAGACAGACCUGGUUCCUCAGAUGACCUGGACAGAACUCUGAUGCACCUGGGACCCCCCCUUGACCCUGCUCAGUUAUUAACUAGACCAGGGCUGGAAUUACAGCCUAUAGCUCUGUGGGAUCAGGGCUGGAACUACAGCCUAUAGCUCUGUGGGAUCAGGGCUGGAACUACAGCCUAUAGCUCUGUUGUACCAGGGCUGGAACUACAGCCUAUAGCUCU